GUGCACGAUUAGACAUCUUUCUCGUAAGACCAUUGAAGUUACUGGCGCCACGGGAUUUGAUUUCCCUGGCCGACCCUGUUAGUCGCUAUGCGCUUAUGUCAUUUUCUUCCUCUUGCUUUCAGAUCCACGAAUUCAUGCGGCAUGGGCGAGUUCUGCAGUCGACUCCUGAUUGGAUUCUACAAGCCACAACCAGCUAUGAAGGUACGGAAUAGCCGUACACCAGAUCUGCUUUGGACCCACGAGGCUCGAGGACGCAUCGAAUUGUAGCCCACUCCUCCAUGUUGGCCAAUGAUGAAGCGAAGAUGCCCUUCAGUAAAGGGUUAGGCUACGAGUACCCAAGAUUCCUUGCGCCUCGUUUCUGGAACACCUAGCCUCGGACAAUAUGGAGUCGAGAUCCCAUUCAAUUCAAAUGCUCAGCUAAGGAUGAGGAAAGCGAUAUAGAAUCACCUCCCGUUUUCUGGAUGCUCGCAUCAGUUCGCACAAUGGUCCCCUCUGUUGAUAACUGUCUUCUGACAUCACUAACGCCAUGGCUUCCACGGCUACUACUCUUCUCUACCAUAUCCCUGGGGACAAACUCAUUCUUGAGUCGUAUGCUCAGUCCAUGUCUGAAGGAAACCGCUCACCAAAUCAACCAGCACCCUUCCGGGGCGAUUUCUCCUUUGUCAACAAGGAUGCCGGCAAUAUUGAUUCGAAAGACCACAAUGCCGCUGUUUCGUGGCAUGUGAUGAACCGGUAUGAGCGGUGGAAAAAGCAAGAACAAGCAAGACGAUUACGCGCUUCCGCCAACGUGCCCCUUGGGCCACUCUCGCCUCCAUCACAGCAACCACAACAAGCCUCCACGCCUGAACAACAGCAGAAACCAUCGAGCUCAAGGACCCCAGCGCAAGCUGUACGUCGCGCUCCCUAUGAAGUGCCUGGUAGAAGACGAUUGGUAGAGGGUGUGCAGACUCGGCCCAUAUCAUCGGCAACUCCGUUCAGCUUCGACCCAUGGGUGGCCGAGCAGCCACUGCAGCUUGGUUAUCCUGGGAUAGCCGCGGGACCAGGCACCACUAGCGGCCCUCAAACAUCAUCCGCAUCAACGCCCUCCACUCAUUCCGGCAUCAUUGAAGAUGACCCGUCGUCCGUGUUCACAACGAUGAGCACGCCACUAGAUCUCAGCGAAACACUUUUCGAACCCUCUGGGUUAGCUUUGAACCCGCUGGCGAGCGGUUUGAUAACCUACGCCUACGAGAUGUUUAUUCCUCAGUUGUGGCCAGAAGAGUCGAGCCGAGGCCAGGGAGCUUAUGAGAUUGCCAGAUGCUGGGACGACAUGACUAUCAUGAAUCAGGACACCUGUUUUGCUAACGCGUAUCUCAGUCUGCUGGCAGCAGCAAUGGCGGUCAUGACGGACGAUGAUAGUCUGGCCUACCAGUCACGGUAUUUUCAGGGUCAGGCAAUGGUCGAAUUGCGGCAGCGAGUGGCUCAACCGACUCCACCAGAUAUGAUCACUCUUAAAGCCAUACUGAAGCUCUUCUCCUCGGAAACGCUGGUCGACAACACGGCCGUAGCGCGGAUGCACCUCAAAAUGCUACGAAAUCUAGUCAAUGCAGCUGGAGGAGUCAUCCUGCUUGAUUCAUGGUUCCGCGAAGAUCUCCUCUCCUGCGACUGUUACUUUGCCUUGAAAUACGAAACGCGGCCUCUCUUCCCCGCCCAGGAAUGGACGCCUGGGCCGUUAAGUCAACCUUGGAAAGCACGGUUACUCUCCGCUGGGAUUCUCGGAGACCAUGCGGCAGGAAUCGACCCUCUGAUAGAGCAUCCUCUGAUGAAAGCAGUGAUCACUGAUCUGCGCGAGCUGUUCAAAUCUCGAGAAUACACUCGAAAUCACGAUGUGCCGACGGACGAUCAAUUGCUGAGAUGGCAACACCUGCGCAGAUUCGACUGCAUAUCGAGGCUUGCAGAUCAUCACGUCAACCUAUCCAUCUAUCCUCACCUGUUCCUACACCCCAUAACACAAGCAUACUCCUGCAUUGCUGCAGCACUGAUGACAUCCAUGGUUCUAGGCUCGCCUGAACCUGUUCGAUUCGGCCUCAAGCUAAUUAGUGAUCUGCGCACAAAGGUCACUGCGAGUGAGUCAGAAGCGGAAGAUACACAGCACCAGCGGCUCCGGCUUUGGGCGCUGUACGUGGGAUCUCUGGCAGAGAAGGUUCAUCCGGUAAGCACUGAGCACGAUUUGUGGUUCACAAAGAACUACCGCAAUCAAGCAGCAGAGCUGGGCUUGUUCGGGUGGGAAGACGUCAAGAAAGUAAUCAGACACUUCCUCUUCUCGGAGAGCUUACACCAAGAAAUCGAAUCUGGCCAAGCUCAUCGCCUCAUGGACGCCAAGCAGGGUCUCUACUCAGCGUGCGGCACGAGUUGGCGAGACCCUGUACUCAAACCCUAUCUGAUAGCUGGUGGACCCGAGCAGGAAGAGACCGGAAGCAUGUCGGUGGUGGCUGGCAAGCAGCGGGUGGAGGAGUGAAGGUCGUUUCAAGAUCAGACGAAAAGGCUCUUCAUUGCAGUAUCUCUCAGACUUCGACCCGUCGACGAGGCGCGAGUGCUUUGGCAAGGUCUCCUCCAGAAGUCAAUUUUUCUGUCUUGAUUGGUCAGUAUCGUUUUCUCGAUCGGGUUUUUAGCGAGCAACAGACGCUGGACCUGGAGUAUUACAUGCGGUGGAGAAGAGGAGCUGUGACGAGCUCAUUUAAAGUACUUACCUAUGGAUGACCUGGGUGAUGGGUGGGCGUAGUAGAUAUACGUUAACCUCUUGUAGGGAAUAAGAUCGUG